CCGCAGGAAUGUGGAAUGGAUAGCCGAGUGCUACAUUGUUUCUUGGCAUGUUACACGUGACCUUGAUCUACUGGCGUGGCGUGGUGCGUAUUUCAGAUCUUCAAUAACGCCGUUCUUGCCACCAAAUUGAAAGAUACGAGAUGACAGCUAUGUAAACAAAAUAUCUACCCAUACUAUUGAGACAGCUGGUAAUACUUAUGCGAUUAUAAACGUUUUGUGCAUCAUAAUAAAACAUGGAUAAAGUAGAAGAAAAUCUCAAAAAACUCUUGCUCGGGCAGAGCCUAGACUCUGAUCAGGAAUUUUGCGAUUUCACUUUAGAAGAACAGAAUGAAGCGGCAGUUGCCAAAGGCAUUGCACCCAGUGCUGCUUCGGAUUAUGUCCCGAUCUGCAAAUCUUCAGUUACAUACAUUGUUGCUGGCAUAUUUGUCAACCCAGAAAACGAAGUUUUAAUGAUGCAAGAAGCUAAAAAGUCAUGCGCAGGCCAGUGGUAUUUACCAGCAGGGAGGAUGGAAAAGGGAGAAGACAUAGUAGAAGCUCUUAAAAGAGAGGUUAUCGAGGAAACUGGUAUGAAUGUGGAACCAACUACACUUUUAUCUGUGGAAUGUGCCAGUGGAUCAUGGUUUCGAUUUAUUGUAACUGGAAAUGUUAUAGGAGGGCAGUUAAAAACUCCAAAAGAUGCUGAUUCUGAAUCGCUCCAAGCAAAAUGGAUUAAAAAGGAAACCGAUAUGAGUCUGAGAGCUUCAGAUAUUCUUCCAAUAAUUGAACGCGGAAGAAGUUUUUACAAUAAAUCACAUUCAGAACCAUGGCAUAAAGAAAUUCUGCCAACUAUUAAGCCCCAUAAGAAGCUUUUGUUACGUCUUGUUGUGUGUAUUAAGAAACGCAGCAACAAUCGUGUUCAUGUUUUGUUGUCAGAGAAGACUGAAGUUCACUUGCCAGUAUGUGAGAUUCACCCUGCAAAAAAUCUCCAUGCAACUUUAAAAAAGUUCAUGACUGAAAUAUUUGGGGCUGAUGUCCCUCCACACAAACCUCAUGGUUUACUGAGCAUAGAGCAUUCUGGAAAACCUGAAGGAACUGAUGAUGGUCUAUGCCUCACUCUCCUUGUGUCUUUUCGAAAACCUCUUGAAGAAGUUGGAAUAAUCGACAAAUACACAUGGUUGGAAAUAUCAAAGCAAUUAGGAGACGAACUUCUUAACAGAUUGCCGAAGAAUAUGACUGUACCUUUAAAUGUAAUUCGAUAAUUUAAUGUGAAAUGGUCUGGAAUUCUUUUUGUUUUGGCAAUUUUACUGCCCUCAGUUACGGGUUACUGGUUACUUUAAAACUCAUUUGUUAUCAGGAUCAGAUGGAGUUGGGAUUUAAAAUGACUGUUUUCUGGGUUUGCAUCAAUGCAUUUAGGCUCUCAUUUCCAGAUAAAAAUAAGUAAAUGGAGAUAUUAUUGAUGCGUUUAAUGAUUGAGGCAUUUUGUCCCAUAAAAGAAAUUAUGGGACAAAAUAAAUGCCUUGUUUUUAAAAUUAGAAUUUCACAAUUUUUUUGACUGGAAACAUCACAACUGUGUAGGUGAAUGUACAAUAACAUAUUUUAAUGAAAACUUGAUUCAUUUUAAAACCAAAAGAAUUAUUAAGUAUAUAAAUCAUAACAAAUUAACAUAAAGCAACAUGUUCCAAUACAAUGAAAUUUGCAAAGAGAAAAUAUGCUGGCAAUGAGAAACCUAAUUUUCCUUAUAGAUCAAUAUUUACUUUCAAAGGUCUUGAGUUGUUUUUACUGAAUUACUCUUCUGAAGAAAGACUUCUAAGUAUUUGAUAAAUUGCAAAAGGACAGUUCAGUGUAUCAAUUUACCAGAACAUAUAUAAAAAAAAUCAGUUGAUUUCCAAAUUAAAAGUACUACUCAGAAUAAGAUAACAAUAAAUGCCAUUAUUGCUCACACAUAGGAGUGAUACGUGGCCAGUAAUACUAGAAUGAAAGUCACAUGAUUCUUCUCAGAAAUCAAUAAGAAACAACGUUCCCAUACUGGAACAGUAGGUUCAAAUGGGUUUUGAUCUGCUAUCAGGAAUGGAGCAAAACCGACUAUCAGCUCAUUUUAUUUUUAUUAUUAACCUAUCAGCUGAAUAGCUGGACAAUAAAUCAGCUGUGGGAUAGUUUUUACAAAAAGUAGGGCAAUUAAAGAAACAUGAUGUAUGUCUUUCUUAUGAACAUAUUCUUUUAGUUUCUUAAAACAAUGUUCAAUUUUACACGCACAUUUGUAUUUAUUUAAGUCUGAGAUCAAAUGGCUACACAAAAGUAGGGUACUAGAUUGCUAUAUCCAAUAGGCUCUGUCAAAUAAGUUUUAUCCCUAAAUUUCCAAAAUGGGGAAUUGUCAGUUUAAUUAUAAUCAAAUUUGUUUUUGAAAUCAUGUAAUAUGAUGUGAUGUCAACCUGACACUAAAUAGUCAUUUGGCCUAUGUUGCUUCAGGAUAAUAAAAUAAAUCAUACUGUUAAAUAAG